UGGGAAGAGUGGACGUCAGUUUUGCUAUUUUCGUAUUUUACUAAAAAUCUACUGUACUAUCGUUUUGUUACUUAUCUUGAACUGAUAACAAAACAUUCUCAGUUUUAUGACCUUCGUGAGACUCGGCCGAGUACUGGCUCGUUCCCCAACAGUGUGGUUUUUCCGGGCGGCGUGAAUGAAGCAACGGAUGGAGACGACCGCUGGCUGCAACUCUUCAAGUCGUACGGUUUUAGUGACGAAGACUUCGCCGCCUUCUAUCACACUGGCACUUCAACUUCUAGUCUGUUUCAACCCAACCCCAUACAAAGGCAUAUCGCACUAAGAAUAACUGCAAUUCGGGAGACAUUUGAGGAACUUGGUCUCCUAAUCUGUAGCCGUGCACAAAAAAGCAAGAGGUUGGGGUUGUGGGCGAGUUCCAUUUCUGAAGUUGAUGUUAAACAUUGGCAGGAACGUAUAUCUAAAGACGCAGCUGAGUUUUUCAACCUCUGUACCGAGGCUCAGUGCUACCCAGACAUCUGGUCUCUGUACUAUUGGAGCAACUGGCUGACUCCGAAGAAUUUCCCAAAGAGAUUCAACACUGCGUUUUUUCUCGCCGCAUUAGAAACGCGUCCGAAAGUCAGAAGCAACAGUGAAGUUGUCAAGGUUGAGUGGGCGCGGCCCUCCGAGUUGAUAGAAAAGAGCAACAACCAGGAGAUAGAGCUGCAGCCUCCACAGCAGUACGAGUUGACCAGGUUGUCUCGCAUCCCAGACAUCGAGCAGUUGGUGGAGUUUGCCAGGGAACGCAGCGGGUACUGUGACUAUUGCCUCUAUCCGGUGUCCGGCAAGGCCAAAGAUGGGAUUGUUUCCCUUUAUCCAGGUGACGACUUGUACCCAACAAAUUUAGAUUAUCACACCGACGAGCUCAUCGUAAAAGAGAAGACUCUGGAGGAACUCAGAAAAGAGAGUAACGUCAUUCACAGAAUAGAGAAAAACUUUGCGGAACCCAGAAGAUGGGUGCUUUUUACAAAGAAUUGGAAACAAAAUAACCACAUAGACAUGGGCGAGAACCCCUGUGUAAAACCGAAAGUAUAAAUACUGAUAUCAUUUUGAAUACAUGCCUUAUCACUUGGCCUUACUAGAAGUACAAAAUCAAUCGACUUAGCUGUAUCUGGGUAGCUUAAAUAUUAUUAAAUAGUCAAAAUGGCUGCGACGAGUCACUCUUGGCCGAACAGCCAGGACGACUACGAACUGUUGGAGGUCAUCGGAGUGGGCGCUACAGCCGUGGUGCACGCCGCUUAUUGCGCCCCAAGGGGGGAAAAGUGCGCCAUCAAGAGGAUCAAUCUAGAAAAGUGGAACACUUCCAUGGACGAACUCUUGAAGGAAAUCCAAGCGAUGUCAAGCUGCAACAACGAGAAUGUGGUGACUUACUACACAAGCUUCGUUGUCAAAGAAGAACUGUGGCUGGUACUACGGCUACUGGAAGGUGGCAGUCUCCUCGAUAUCAUCAAACACAAAAUGAGAAUUUCCAACUGCAAGCACGGAGUGUUCGACGAGGCUACCAUCGCGACCGUUUUAAAAGAAGUCCUGAAAGGCCUCGAGUAUUUCCAUCAGAAUGGACAGAUACAUAGGGAUAUAAAGGCUGGGAAUAUUCUCCUUGGUGACGACGGAAUCGUUCAAAUUGCAGACUUUGGGGUAUCCGCUUGGCUCGCCACCGGCCGAGACCUAUCUCGGCAGAAGGUUCGCCACACAUUUGUCGGCACUCCGUGCUGGAUGGCACCUGAAGUUAUGGAGCAAAACCACGGUUACGACUUCAAAGCUGAUAUUUGGUCUUUCGGCAUCACCGCUAUAGAAAUGGCGACCGGUACAGCUCCGUACCACAAAUAUCCUCCUAUGAAGGUUCUAAUGUUAACGCUACAGAACGACCCGCCCACUUUGGACACCGGGGCAGAGGAGAAGGACCAGUACAAAGCCUACGGGAAAACCUUCAGAAAGAUGAUAUCAGAAUGCCUUCAAAAAGACCCUACCAAACGGCCAUCUUCUACUGAGUUGUUAAAACACUCUUUCUUUAAAAAAGCCAAGGAUCGCAAGUACCUAGUGCAAACUUUAGUGUCGAUCGGUCCUAGCAUGGAAACCAGAGUGCACAAAGCUAGCAAACGUCAACCGGGGACAUCGGGACGGCUGCAUCGCAUGGAGACCGGAGAGUGGGUCUGGGAAAGUGACGAAGACGAUGAAGAAGAGGAAGGUGCUGCCGACAGACCAAUGAAUCAGUUGCUGCGAGCUGACUCAUCCGACAGCGAGAGUGAAGAGGAACCGAGAGCGGGCUUCACCAUCGGAUCCAUCGACACUGAGGACGCACCGCAGAUCAAUCUAGUUCUGCGCAUGCGCAAUGCGAAGAAAGAGUUGAAUGAUAUCCGGUUCGAAUUCGCCGCAGGAAGAGAUUCCGCAGACGGUAUCGCCACAGAGUUAGUGGGCGCGGGUUUGGUCGAAGCGAAAGACUCGCAAGCCAUCGCUACGAAUCUACAGCAGCUGGUAGAUUCCCACUUGUUCCCGUCGGGGUCGAGCCCCAAUUCCCGGUCCCGCACAUUCAAGCUGGAGUCGGCGGACCCCUCGGAGGCAGGGGACGAGACGGGUCUAGUGGGCUUUGCACAGAUUUCCAUCGUGGACUAGUCUGUCCCGGAUCCCGGACAAUAAUAUUACUAGAACCGGCACCUAGCCGCUAUUUUAAUCCGUAGUAUAGUAGUUAUAUCAGGGCUGGCAAGCGUUUGUCGAAGUGAAAUUGCAUUGUGUAAGUAAAAUAAUUAUUUUCGCAAAUGAUAUGAAAUGAAAAAAAUAUGUCUCAGCAUUGAGCUGAAGAAGAAAUGUUUUAUAAUAAUUUGUGUUUCUAUAAUUUAUAUGAAUAAUGAAUAUAAAUACAUAUCCAAGGAAUCUAUUAUUUUAGAACACGCGUUGCAAUUCCAAUGUAAUAAUUGCAGGCCAGCUCCUAUACACUAUUAUUAUGUUACGUUUAGGUACAUACCUAUAUAUUUUAUGGGUGGAUAUGGAAUUUUCUUAGUUUAAUGGUUUAAGCUCAAGUGGAUGUAUAAUUUUACAUGACGAUAGGCCGAAUCUGAAUUUUUAUGUAUUUUUAAAUAUGUUCGCGUCGCGUUAAUUCCCUGCAUUACUUAUUUAGCACUACAAUUCGCACAGGGAUCUCAUACCUCAUAAAAGUAAAAAAGCUUCAAGUAACUAUAGUCUUUCAUAAUGAAAAUUUAUUCUUACAUCGUAAUUUUUAAUAAUGGACAGAAUUUCAUAAAGUAGUAUUUUUUGCGAAUUUCAAUGAAUUUGAUAAAUUCAUAUUCUGAUUCAAAGUAUACAAAACAUAUGGAAUUUAACGGAACAUACAAUAAAAGAUGUCAUUGAAUCUAUAAUUAUUUUGGACAUCUUAUUAAUAUAAUAUAUCUUUCAAUGAUCGUAUGAUAGAUAGGUGUUGCGUCGGCUUCGCGCGGUCUGACGUCAGUAUACCGAUGUCCGCGAUAUGACAUAUUACGAUAGUGUAUAGUCAACAUUCAUCGGUAUACAGAUCACUAUUUUUGUUUAAACUUGCUUUCUAUGAAGGAAAAAUACCUUGGAAAACUUUUCCAUGUAGCUCGUUAUUACUUUCGAAUCUUUUACUAUUUAUUUUCGUAUACCUAUGUAAUUUUAAGCUAAGAUGUAUUAUCAAUUUAGACUUGUGACGAGCAUAAAAAAUUGAAUAAAUACAACUAGCUUGAGCUCGCGACUUCGUACGGACGUAAAUUCAUAUCCAUUAUGUGUGAGUAAAUCAAUCUUCAGUCCUGUGCCCUUUAUAUCAGACGCUAAAUAAAUCUAUGCCCUUUCUGUUAUCUAAUAUUAUUCCGAUUUUUGGGAUUUCAGCUACUUUUUAGACUACUCUUUCAUACUAGAAAUUCUGUAUACAAAUGAAUGUUAUUUAUCAGUUUAUCAGAGUGCCAUACAGUGGACCAGCGACGCCGACCGCAGUGUCCAGCAGACUCCACAAAUUAUUCUUAUGUUGUUAUUGUUUGUUGCUUAUUUUGGAAGGAUUUUUUUAAAUUAAUAAAAUAUGAAAUUUA